AUGCUACAUAGGUCGAGCACUGGCAACAAGUACUCCGUUACCCGUUACGUUACGCUAAAUAAGCAACGCAACAGGUCUACAGUUACCCGUUACCGUUGCCUACAUACAGUCCGCUACAGUAAGCAUUUUCGUGCUGCCGUGCAACUUCGCCCCGUCGGUCAUCCCAAUCGGUCCGGGUCUCUGAAUAACCUUGCAGCUACCCUUCUGAGUCGCUUUAAGCAGCUUGGUCGGACCACGGACCUUGACGAAGCCAUCGAGCAUCAUCGUGCUGCCCUGAAACUUCGCCCCAAUGGUCAUCCCGAUCGUCCCAUGUCUCUGAAUAACCUUGCGAAUUCCCUUGAAAGUCGAUUUAAACAACACGGAAGCACGGUGGACAUUGAGGAGGCCAUCGAGCAUCAUCGUACUGCCCUGCGACUUUGCCCCCAUGGCCAUCCUGAUUGUUCCAUGUUUCUGAGUAACCUUGCGGCAUCCUUGGUGACUCGAUUCGAACGAGGAGGACGGCCUGCAGACCUCGAUGAGGCCAUUGUUCAUCAUCGUUCUGCUCUGAAACUUCGCCCCAAUGGACAUCCCAAUCGUCUCUUGUCUCUGAGUAACCUUGCAUCUUCCCUGGCAACUCGAUUUGAACAGUAUGGACAGACUGCAGACCUUGACGAGGCCAUUGAGCACAAUCGUGUCUCCCUGGAGCUUUGCCCCGACAACCAUCCCGAUCGUUCCGCAUUUCUGAACAACCUUGCAAAUUCCCUUCAAGCUCGAUUUAAACAGAACGGACAGGCUGCAGAUCUUGACGAAGCCAUUGAGCACCAUCGUGCUGCUCUGCACCGCCGCCCCAAUGGUCAUCCCAGGCGUUUCGCGUCUCUAAAUAGCCUCGCGAACUGUCUUCAAUUUCGAUUUCAACAGCAUGGUCGGACUGCAGACCUUGAUGGGGCCAUCAAACUCUAUCGUACUGCCUUGGAACUUCUUCCCGACAGCCAUCCGGAUCGUUCCACUUCUCUGAACGGCCUUGCAGUUGCCCUGCAAAGACGUUUUGAGCAGCAUGGAAAGAUCGCAGACCUGGAUGAAGCCAUUGAGCAUCAUCGCGCUGUCCUGCAUCUUCGCCCCAAUGGCCAUCCAAAUCGUUCCAUGGCUCUUGAUAACCUUGCAAAUUCCCUUCUAAUGCGCUAUGAACAAAAUAGGCAGACUAUGGAUCUUGAUGAAGCCAUUGAACAUCAUCGUGCUGCCUUGCAGCUUCGCCCCGAUGGUCAUCCCGAACGUGCUGGCACGCUGAAUGACCUUGCCUCUUCUCUUCAUGCCCGAUUUGUACAGAAUGGACAGACUGUAGUCCUGGAUGAGGCCAUUGAGCAUGAACGCGUUGCGUUGGAUCUUCGCCCUGAUGGCCAUCCCGGUCGUCUUACGUCUCUAAAUAAUCUCGCAACUUCCCUUAUAGCUAGAUUUGAACAGCACGGACUGAUCACAGAUCUUGAUGAGGCCAUCAGGUGUCUUCGUACUGCCGUGGAGCUUCUCCCCGACGGCAAUCCCGGUCGUUCCACAUGUCUGAAUAACCUUGCCUGUUCCCUUCGGACUAAAUUUGAACGGCAUAGGCUGACUGCCGACCUCGAUGAAGCCAUUGAGCAUCAUCGUACUGUGUUGCAACUUUGUCCCGAUGGUCAUCCUGAUCAUUCUAGAUCACUGAGAAACUUGGCCGUGUCAUUAUUCUCCCGAUUCAAGAAGUUUGGGCUUCGGGACGAUUUUGAAGAGUGUAUACAAUUACUCGAACGUGCUGCCGAGCAUAAAUUUUCUAGCCUCUUCAUGCGUCUCACGUCUGCUAGUCAAUGGGCUAGAUUUGCUCGAAGUCAUGCUCAUCAUACUACAUCUCGAGCUUACAAGGUGGCAAUGCUACUCCUCCAGCGCAACACCACUGUAAAUCCCACUCUUCGCGCACAACACGAGUUCCUUAAAGAGAGAAGGAGCUUCAGAACGCUCGCAUUGGACGCAGCGGCCUAUGCUGUAGAGGAAAACAAGCUCGGAGAGGCAGUAGAGAUACUCGAACAGGGAAGAGGUUUACUCUGGUCGCAGAUGCGAGGGUUUAGGACUCCUCUGGAUCGCCUUGCAGAAACAAAUGGGAAACUUGCUGACAGGUUCAGGGACGUUAGUCUCCAACUGGAGAAUCUCGCGACAUCAUCUCCGGCAAUGCUAUCUAAUUCAAGCGCGAUUGAAAACGGGUCACCUAUGCUGGACAAGCAACUCUCCACUGAACAGGAAGAGAUUAUUGGCGAGAUACGGCAAAUCCCCGGGUUGGAGGGCUUCCUUGCAGCUACGCCGUUUAACGUGCUUCAACAGGCCGCUUCAGAGGGUCCAGUGAUUGUGGUGAAUCAUAGUGAGUAUCGAUCCGAUGUGCUCAUUGUCCUUUCCCAUGAGGAUCUCCCUGUUAUCUGCCUUCCGCUAGACGAAGAGUUUGGCAAGGAUAGCUUUGAGCUGUGCGUCAAACUUUUGGAGGCGCGAAGGCAAUUGAAAGUUGACUCCUUGGAAUACGACGAGAUACUCCGACAAGCAAUGAAAAUGCUAUGGGACAGGAUUGUCUUCAAAGUUGUCGCCAGACUGGAAGAGCUUGGGAUUACUAAAGGAGCUCGCAUGUGGUGGUGCCCUACAUCUGUGCUUUCCGCUCUUCCUUUCCAUGCAGCAGGUCCGUUCAGGGAUGCCAAUGGCACUGUAAAGUAUUUAUUGGACGAUUACGUGUCAUCAUAUACUCCGAGUCUCGGGGCUCUCGCCAGUGCUCGGUCGAGGGAAAACGUGGGCAAUCCUAGAAUGCUUAUCGUUAGUGAACCAGUGGUACGCGAACCGGUGGUACUUAUCGUUGGGGAUACCUCACUUGAGUCAGCCGAUAAGGAAAUUCGCAAUAUUAGGAGCUGUCGCGGCGUAAGGACCAAAGUGCGUUGCAAUGCAUCCCGUGAUGCGGUGAUUAAGGCGCUUCGGAAAACGUCAUGGGUGCAUUUUGCUUGCCACGGAAGAUUGAAUUCAAAACCGUUCGACUCUGCCUUCAAAUUGUCCGACUGCGGGCUGACUCUACUCGAUAUUGUCCAAGCGAAUCUUCCGAAUGCAGAGUUCGCGUUUCUUUCUGCUUGCCACACUGCCGAGCAGCCUCACGAUGGUAUGCAUGAUGAAGUACUUCACCUUGCCGCGGCUAUGCAGUUCUCUGGAUUCCGAAGUGUGAUCGGAUCGAUGUGGGAGCUACUUGAUGUAGAUGGGCCGUUCUUUGCUAAGGUGGUUUAUGAGCACAUGUGCAGUUGCAAGGAGAGUGAGGCAACGUACAAGCGUGCGGCUGCGGGACUUCGCAAAGCAGCUGUUAAACUUAAGCUUGAAGGGCGGGAUGAGAUUCGGACUGAGAGAUGGGUGAAUUUGAUUCACAUAGGCGCUUAA